GCCGCCCGCGCAGCCCCUCUGCCCGGUCUGCCCUCCGGGUCGUGGCGCCUGUCCCUCCUCUGCUCUGCCGUCACCGCCUGGACAGGGGCUCGGGAGCCAGGCUGGGGCAGGGGCGGGAGCCGCGGGAGGAGCGCUUGAGGGGCCGUGCAGAAGCCAUGGAGCUGAGCAGCAAGAAGAAGCUGCAUGCCCUGUCCCUGGCCGAGAAGAUCCAGGUGCUGGAACUCCUGGAUGAGUCCAAGAUGUCCCAGUCAGAGGUGGCCCGGCGCUUCCAGGUCUCCCAGCCCCAGAUCUCGCGCAUCUGCAAGAAUAAGGAGAAGCUCCUGGCGGACUGGUGCAGCGGCACAGCCAACCGGGAGCGCAAGCGCAAGCGGGAAUCCAAGUACAGCGGCAUCGACGAGGCCUUGCUCUGCUGGUACCACAUCGCCCGGGCCAAGGCCUGGGACGUGACGGGGCCCAUGUUGCUCCACAAAGCCAAGGAGCUGGCUGACAUCAUGGGCCAGGACUUUGUGCCCAGCAUUGGCUGGCUAGUCCGCUGGAAACGCCGGAACAAUGUAGGCUUUGGGGCCCGCCAUGUUCUUGUGCCUCCAUUCCCCCCUGAGCUGCCACCCCCAGGGCUCACGGCCCAGGCCCAGCCGCCUCUUUCCCUUAAAGACUUCUCCCCAGAGGACGUCUUUGGCUGUGCUGAAGUGCCCUUGCUGUAUCGGGCAGUGCCCGGCAGCAUGAGCGCAUGUGAUCAAGUACAGGUGCUGCUGUGUGCCAACAGCAGGGGCACAGAGAAGCGGCAGGUAUUGGUGGGUGGGCUACAAGUUGCCCCAAGAUGCUUCUUUGGGGUCAGCAGUGAGGCUCUGCCUGCCUCCUACCACCUUGACCUGGGCAUCCCCUGGUCACAGUGGUUGGCACAGUUUGACAAGGAGAUGGGGCAGCAGGGCCGACAGGUAGCCUUGCUGUUGGCUGCCCAAGUGGUGGAGGAGUUGGCAGGCCUGCCUGGGCUCUACCACGUGAGGCUCUUGCCCCUGUCUGCCUCUAGCACCACGCCUCCCUUGCCCAGCUCAGUGGUCUGGGCCUUUAAGGCCCAUUACCGGCGCCGUCUGCUGCGCAAGCUGGCUGCCAUCCAGAGCAAGAGGGAUGGCACCUCGCUGACCGAGGCCAGGGCGGGCAUCACAGUGCUGGACGCUCUGCACAUGGUGGCGGCAGCCUGGGCCAAGGUGCCACCUCAGCUCAUUUUGAGCAGCUUCAUUCAGGAAGGGCUGGCUCCUGGCAAAACACCCCUGUCCCUGGACAGAGCCUCUGAGAUGCCACCAGUCCCCAGUGGGCUGAGCCGAGAGGAGUUUUCCCGCUUUGUGGACCUGGAGGGCCAGGAGCCAGGGCCUGACAUGUGCAAAGAGGAGUCGGGCACUGAAGAUGAGGAGGACGGCGGAAAGGAAGGCUUUGAGCCCCUGCCCACCAAAGCCGAUGCCCUCCGGGCCCUGGGCACGUUGAGGAGGUGGUUUGAGUGCAAUGGCACCUCCCCUGAGUUCUUUGAAAAAUUCUACGACUGUGAGGAGGAGGUGGAGCGGCUCUGCUGCUUGUGAAGGUGCCUUCGCCGCUUGCCAGAGCCCCUCCUCUCCUGUUUCCCAUGGAAACGCCCUCUCCAGAAGGCAGACCCGGCUGUCUUUUUCCCAUGGAAAUACAGCUAUCCUGGAAAGCGGAGAAGGGAGAGAAGUUGGGACACCAAGGCUGGGUUCAGAGUGGAAGUCGUCCAAGCCCUGAGAAGAGGGCUGUAAAGAUGCAGCUUUAGGGGUAGGAAGCUAGGCUGUGUAGUUUCUAAACCCUGCUCGAAAGUUCAGGAGCUUUAGGGUUUUAGUCUAGAGAGGCUGGGACGUGGAAAGGUGGAUUUGGGCUUUACAGACGGGCUGAUCACUUGAACAGUUAAAAACAGUUCUGCUUCUGGAAAUAAAGUUUUUAAUCAGAAAA